CACUAAGAAGAAACUCAUCAUGAAAGCAUUCAUACAGUCCACUCAUUUCCUUUAAUUUCUUCAUGUCUAGACUAAUUAAUUAGACAAAACAACAAACUUGAUGUGGUCCAUAAGUAACUUGUGCUUGUCAAUUCUUCCACUGAUAGCUUGAUUUAAUUUCCAACAAUAAAAAACAUUAGAUAUGUUUAUAUAUACAUUUCAAUGUGACCAUCAACCUUCAUACAAAACUAACAAAAGUAAAAGUGAAGUGUGGAAAUAUUUGCAAGAAGAGUGAGGUAAGCUAGUAAUGGAAGAGGGAAAAGGAAGAGUUUGUGUGACUGGAGGUACAGGGUUUAUUGGUUCAUGGAUUAUUAAGAGACUCCUUGAAGAUGGUUACACUGUUAAUACCACUGUUAGAGCUGAUCCAGGGCAAAACAAAGAUGUUAGCUUCCUCACCAAUCUUCCAAAUGCAACCCAAAAGUUAAAUAUUUUCAAUGCUGAUCUUAGCAACCCAAAGAGUUUUAAUGCAGCAAUUGAAGGGUGCAUUGGAGUAUUCCACACAGCUACUCCAAUUGAUUUUGAACUGGAAGAACCUGAGGAAAUAGUGACAAAAAGAACCAUUGAUGGAGCAUUAGGAAUUCUAAAAGCAUGCAAAAAUUCAAAGACAUUGAAAAGAGUUAUUUACACCUCUAGUGCUUCUGCUGUGUAUACGCAAGAUAAAGAAGAAGAUACAAUGGAUGAAAGUUAUUGGAGUGAUGUGAAUAUUCUUAGAACUUUGAAGCCAUUUGCUUGGUCAUAUGGUGUUUCUAAGACACUAGCUGAGAAAGCUGUUCUUGAAUUUGGAGAACAACAUGGGUUGGAUAUUGUGACUCUUGUACCACCUUUUGUUGUAGGACCUUUCAUUUGUCCUAAGCUACCUGGCUCGGUUCAUAGUUUACUAGCUUUCUUAUUUGGUGAUAUUGACAAGCAUUCCUUAUUGCUUGUAUCUCGUACCGGUAUGGUGCAUGUUGAUGAUGUGGCUAGGGCACAUAUAUUCUUACUUGAACAUCCUAACCCAAAAGGGAGAUAUAAUUGUUCACCAUUCAUUGCAACUAUUGAUGAAAUAGCUGACCUUGUUUCUUCCAAGUACCCUGAACUUCAAAUGCCAACAUCCAAAGAGCUUAUCGGAGUUAAAGGUUCUAAGCUUCCGCAAUUAACCUCAAAGAAACUCAUGGACGCUGGAUUCAAGUUUAAAUAUAGUCUUGAGAAAAUGUUUGAGGAUGCAGUUGAAUGUUGCAAGGAAAAGGGUUAUCUUUGAAUCAUAUGAAGUUAACAGGAUGAUUGAUAGUAAUUAAUAAAUCAUAUGUCGUUUGACAUGUACUUCAAUCUCUAUAGAUGGACUUAUUUGCAUUAAACACAUUGUCCGAGUUAAUCACCAUUUGAACAUAUAGAUUUGUGAAGUUGAUUCACACGGUUCCGUAAGCAUAGCCCUGUGUUGGCAUGCAUGACAUUGUAUUAUGUAUGUAGAAGGGGUUCAAACUCAUGAUUCUCCACUUUAA